UACAGUAAAAAAAUGGUCAGUCAAAUACCGGACUCGCUAACCUCUUUGACAAAUACUUUAUUCAUCUAAUUAUUGGAGCAUAAUCACAAGUUACAUUAAUUUGGUGUUUUUGCGAUUGUCUUUCAACAAUGGACAGACCAAUGAGCAAUGAAUUUUCAUCAGAUUAUAACAGCCAUGUCCACCUCACAACCGAGGAGCUGGAGAAUCAGAAAUUAGCCGAAGCAAUGAAUCUAAAACUGACUCCUCAAGAGAUCAAGAUACUCAAAGAGUGUCAACAUAACGCUGUCUAUCAGAGGGGCUUACCGAUGGGGAUGGUAACAGGAGGGACUGUGUUCUAUUGUAUGAAAACUGGAAAAAUUCCUAAAAAACCCAUAUUGUGGUUGGGUUCCUCGUUGGCAGGAUUUCUGGUUGGGACCUUGUCUUAUCGGUCAAUUUGCCUGGAGAAAUUGUUAGCUCUGCCUGAGAGUACUUUGAAGGAGAGGAUUCUGGCGGCCCAGGGGAAGCAGCCAGAAGUGAAGAUCGAAGUUCCUUCUCAGGAUAGUGGCUCCUGGUUCGACAGUAUGUUGCCCCCUCAAUCCGUACCUAUGGAAUCUUCUCUUGAUUUUGAUACUCAUCAAUCCAAUGGAUUCGACGAUAUACCGAGGAGUCAAAAUGAUUUAGACGCUCAUUACGCGCUAGAUCCACCUUUACCCCCAGCGACGUCCGCCUUCGUCACCUUCGACGACCUGCGACGUGAAAAUCGCGAGCAGUACAAUCGUGCUGAGAAUCAGCAGUCGUCAAUGGCCAGGCCUUCCCGAGGCCGAGGCAGCCCACAAUCUCCAGAGUCCAGGCCCAGCUCAGGUGGCUAUUAUGAACCACCGCCACGGUCAGCCAGUGACGACUUCCUUCGUUAAAUUGUGACAAUUGGGGUAGUUUUUUCGCUUCAGUAUGUUUUGUACAAAUGUAUAUUAUGGAAUAAUACCAUACACUUGUCAAUAUACCCUGGAGCAUUUUGUAAAGAUGAGUGGUAUUUCUGUAUGAUUAAAAAUGUGGUUAUCUCAACAAAAUUAGCGUACCUCACGUACUAAGCAUGUCAAUAUAAGAUAACUCUAAUUAAAAAUCAAAUAAGAUCAAUAAUUGGAAAA